AGAAGGCUUCUCUCGGCUCAAGUGAGAUCGGACUCCAAGGCUGCAGCCCUGUUCUUGCAGGACCUCCGCAGGCAUGGUCAAGUACGCUACCUCGCUGAGCGAGGUGGAGGUGCGAAGUUUCCUCGAGGGUCUCGCGUCCGGACCUUCGGACAUCACGAAUGCUUCGGGAAAGUGCCAUGUGACAACUACCAUAGAGACGCUGGCCAACUCAGAGGGCCUGCUAGCUCGCACCAAGGUGCACGCGACGUGGUGCAAGGGCUCGGGGUAUGUUUCCGUCCGGACCAAGGCGGUGGUGGAGGACGAGGCUGUCCGGAUGCUGAGGUCCCUAGACAUGGUGUACAAGAAGCUCAUGAAAGGCGAGGUGAUCCCAGCCCCGGAUGGAGGAGAGACGGCGGUAUCGACUUUUCGCAACCCUGCAUGGAGCGAGGACGAGGAGUUCAAGUCCCCGGAGAAGGCGGAGUCGGACGACUGGCAGAUACCAGAGGGCAAAGGCCGCUACAGCCAUGUGCCCGACAACGAGAGCUACCACUUGGGCAUCCAGACGAUCUGCGAGACAGUCAAUGUGGAGCUCAACGAUCACCCUGUUUCGUGCGAAGCUGCUUCGCCUGCUGGUGAGAGACUUUGGAGCCUCCGAGGACAACCUGAUCGACACCGAGGUUCCGAUCUUCCCAAAGAACGAGAUGACCGACCGCAAGGUGAAGCCGGAGCGCUAGAUGAAUGACACUGCUGAUGCAGUGCGAGCAGAUUGUGAUGAAGGCCGAUAUGCGGGGUAUUGGGUGAGGGGAGCCUGCCUUCGGAGCGUGCCGACGUGCGUGUGUGGCCGAAGCCAUUUCGGCCCGGUCUCAGGAGAGAAAAGGCGCGUGGGGUCGCGCCUCGCGGGUGAUCUGCACCCCCCCUCACAGACCUUCCGCC